AUGAAGCUGCCCAAGUUCAACCCCUACUUCGUCCUGACCGUCGUGGUCAUCGCUUGCGGGUCGAUCCCCAAAGGCUACGAUGAGGGCGGUUUCGCCGCCGCCUCGGGCAUGCGCUCCUUCCUCCAGGACUUUGACCUGAUCAGGGGCCGCUGGAACGGCUCCCCGGCCCAGCUCACCAACCGCAAGGCCGUCAUCACGUCGCUCGGCGUCCUGGGCGCCGCCAUCGGCGCCAUCAUGGCCGUCGCCGUUACGGACCACAUCGGCCGUCUGCGCACCUGGCAGCUCUUCACCGUGCUCUGGAUGACGGGCUUCUUCACCGUCACCUUUGCCUCGGGCAUGGUGGGCCUGCUCAUGUUUGCCCGCAUCUGGGGCGGCAUCGGCGCCGGCGGCCUGACCGUCGUGGCGCCCCUGUACCUCACAGAGGUGGCCAGGGCCAAGUCGAGAGGCAUGAUUGUGUCUAUCUACAUGGUGAUCCUGCUGAGCUUCCUCAUGAUCGGCUUCUUCAUCAAUUACGCAGUCGUCAAGACGCUGCCGGAAUCGCGCAUGCAGUACCGGAUCGUGCUCGGUGUCGUGCAGAUCCCUGUUGGCCUGUCCCUCAUUGCUUCUCUUUUUCUCUCCGACACACCCCGCUGGCUUGCAUGCAAGAAUCGCCCGCACGAGGCCCUCACAGUGUUGGCCAAGCUGCGAAACAGUACCACGGACGACCCCGCAGUCGUUGCCGAGUUCAAUGAGAUUCAGCAAGAGAUUGAGGAUAAAAACCAGGCCCUGUCGGACACGUCGACUUGGACCAUCAUAAAGGAGGUCGCCACCGUGCCCAGCUACCGCAAACGGUUCCUGCUCGGCCUCGCCAUGCAGACUUUUGCGCAGUGGAGCGGUGGAAACGGCAUCACGUAUUACAUUCCCGAAAUCUUCCGCCUGGCCGGCAUCACGAGCAACCGCCACUCGCUCAUCAACUCGGGCGGCUACGGGGCCGUGAAGCUCGUCUUUACCAUGAUAUUUACGUGGGGCCUCAUCGACUACUUUGGUCGGCGUCGCUGCUUCAUGACGGGCCUGGCCCUGCAGUGCGUUACGCACAUCUACAUGGCCGUCUACAUGGCAUUGUGGAAGGAGUCCAAGAACGAGGCAGCGUCGGAGGCUGCAGUAGCGUCCGUCUUCAUCUAUGCCGUUGGCUGGUCGAUUGGCCUGUGCACGGUGCAGUACCUGUACGGGACGGAGAUCCUGCCGACGCGGAUCCGCGGGGUGUGCUACGCGACCAACAUGAUGAUCCACUGGCUGUUCCAGUUUGCCGUCGUGCGCGUGACGCCGCAGAUGUUUGAGGCGCUCAACGUCUGGGGGGCGUACGUCUUCUGGGCGUGUAUCUGCGCGACGGGCAUCGUAGUCCUCGGUCUAUGGGCGCCCGAGACCAAGGGCGUCCCGAUGGAGAGGAUGGCGGAGCUCUUUUCGGGCCCGUGGUACAUGGGCUGGCGUGCCAAGAUCGACCCGGACUCGGAGGACGAGAGGUUAGGGAGUCGUGGCUCCGUACAGGUGGUUACGCGGCUCGACGAUACCCGCAAUCAGGAUGUGUCGGAGAAGAGGGCGCUGGGCUAG